GCUCUCGUGCCUCCAUAGAUCACCGGAAUCUAUUCUGGAAUUUUCCGCUCGGUUUUUGUUCCGUCUUCCGUGAACGCUCUCAAAUAUGAAAAGGGGGGAUCAGACCCCCACAGGACCAACAUCGGGAGAGGCGGCAUCUCCAGGAGCGGCGAGAUCCCCUCACGUCCUCCAAGCUGGGAACAUCCAAGAAUUCCUGAGACGGAUGCCGGGGGAUCAGAUCAAGCAAGAGCCAAGCGAGAGCUCCCUUGAGCUCUGGGAAGUCAAGUGGCAGGAGUUCCUGAAGACGGUGGAGUCUCCUCAUCCGGACUGGGGCAUCCCAGCCUUUCCAGAGAAGUCCUCGCCGUGGGACGACGCCAAGGGCUUCCUGACCUCCUUCGAGCAGGUGGCCCAAGCCUGCCGGUGGCCCCGGGAGGAGUGGGUGGCCCGACUCCUGCCGGCCCUCAGUGGGGAAGCCGAGCGGGCCUUCCGCAGGCUGCAGGCCCGAGACAGAGAGGAUUAUGGGAAAGUGAAGGCAGCCAUCUUGCGAGGGGACGUCAUGAGCCGGGAGAAGAUCCGCCAGCAUUUCCGGCGCUUCUGCUACCAGGAGGCCGAGGGGCCGAGAGGGGCCUACGUCCGGCUCCAGGAACUCUGCUGCCAGUGGCUGAAAUUCGAAAGGCACUCCAAGGAGCAGAUCCUGGAGCUGCUGAUCCUGGAGCAGCUCUUGACCAUCCUGCCAGCCCACAUCCAGAGCUGGGUGAGGGAGUGUGGGCCAGAGACCUGCUCCCAGGCGGUGGCCCUGGCCGAGGACUUCCUGUUGAGGCAGGAAGUGGCCCACAGCCAAGAAAGCCAGGUGACGCUUGAAGAGGUGGCUGGGAGUUCCUCCGAGGAAGGCCGGGGUCCGUCCCUGAACAAGCAGAGACUUCUCUGCAUUGACACCAAGCAGGAAGAUGACGACGGAGCUGGCUUGCUGGCAGCCAAAGGUUGGGUCGCCAUCUGCAACGGGGAAGAAUACGCGGCGGAAGACUCCGAGGCGGAGUCUUCGCACAGGACAUCGGUGUGGAAAACUGAGGAGAGCUUUUCCGAGUGUUGUGAGCAAGAAAAUCCCUCAGCGUGCCUGGGAAGAGCAGACGGCCGUCAGGAAAAGCUGGUGGCAGAGGAAGUCGAUGGAUCGGGUUGCCUGACCCGCACAGAAACCCCGGCUGCAGUCCCGGUAGGAAUCGACACCAACCGGAAACGGAGCGUCUGUGGUUCUUAUGGCCGGAACGCCAUCCUCCCGGCGAGAACUCGGAUGGGGGUGAAGCCGGUGAAAUGCCAAGUCUGCGGGAAGUACUUCCUUUGCAGCGCAAAACUCCUCGUCCAUCAAAGGACCCACGCCGGGGAGAAGCCCUACAAGCGCCUGUAUUUCUGUGGCACCGGCGAACCCGGCCAACCCCCCGCCCUCCACAAGAUGGUUCCCCCCCGCAUCCGUGGCCAGCGGUGGGAAGGGAAGGAAGUUGUGGCCUUGCUGAGCAGCAUCAAAUCCAGCCCCGCCCUGGCCCUCCUGAUGAGCAGCAGCUCCCAGAGGGGACACCAGCACUGGGAGAGGAUCAGGGACCAGCUCCAGGCCCAGGGCUUCGUCAGGAACAUCGACCAGCUCCGAUCGAAGUGGAAGCAGCUGAAGACGGACUUCUUUGCAGCCGGGCGGCCUGCCGCUGAAGGGAGGGAGAAGCCUGCGGUCAUCCCCCCGUAUUUCAACCGGAUGCGGGCCGUGUGGGACGCGGCGGGGCGCCCCCCCUUCAAGGACCGUCACCUGCCGGCUUCUUACCGAGCCCAGAGGCGUGAGCUGGAGAGAUGUGAGGAAGAUGACGAGGACGACAUGGAGGAAGACUGGAGAAAGAGGCAGGAGCUGCGCAAAGGCCCGGCCAAGGAGGCCCAAAGUGUGGCGCCCCCGCCUUGCUCACUGUGGGGUUUUUUUCUGGAAUUUUCCACAGCACACAUUUGCCCAGGGAUGAAGAUGGAGGAGGAACACCCUGCAGCCUGGGGAGAAAGAGAGGAGCCGGAGGGAACAAGGAAAGCCGCUCGUGCCCUCUUGGAUGCUGGUGGCAGCAAACCCAGGAUGGAUUUGAAGGCGCAGAGUGAACUCCCCAAAGCAAGGCAUUCGGGGAACGCCGAGGGGUUCCUUGAAAGGGGGACCCCACAUCGCGUGAAGGAGGAAUCAGAAGAAGGCUUGGCCCAUUGCUGGGAAGCCCAGUGGCAGGAGUUUUUGAGGACAGUGGAGUCCCCUCACUCGGAAUGGGGGGUCCCCCAGUUGCCGGAGGAGCCCACCCCCUGGGACGACGCCAAGGGCUUCCUGGCCUCCUUCGAGCAAGUGGCCGAAGCCUGCCGGUGGCCCAAGGUGGAGUGGGCGGCCCGACUCCUGCCGGCCCUCAGGGGAGAAGCCGAGUGGGCCUUUGAGAGGCUGGACGCCGGAGACAGAGAGGAUUAUGGGAAAGUGAAGGCAGCCAUCUUGAGAGGGGACGCCUUGAGGAGGGAGAAGCUGCGCCAACACUUCAGGCACUUCUGCUACCAGGAGGCCGAGGGGCCCAGCGGCGCCUACAGCCAUCUCCAGGAGCUCUGCCAGGGGUGGCUGAAAGUGGAGAGGCACUCGAAGGAGCAGAUCCUGGAGCUGCUCAUCCUGGAGCAGUUCCUGGCCAUCCUGCCAGCGGAGAUCCAGAGCUGGGUCAGGGAUCGGGGCCCGGAGACCUGCUCCCAGGCGGUGGCCCUGGCAGAAGGUUUCCUGUUGAGGCAGCGGGAGACUCGGGUCAAUCUGGAAAGCCAGGUGGUCUUUGAGGAGAAGGAGGAGGUGGCGGCGGCAGCUGCUGCAGGUUCCUCCAUGUCUGGCCAGGCGCCGCCUGAGGCUGGGGAGAAGCAGCCGCAUGCAGCAGCCAAGGAGGAAGAGGACAAGGAGGACCUGCUGGAUGGUGGUGUGUGGGAGAGCGACGAUGAAGGUGAACCUCGCAGGACGUCCUCAGAAGCAGGCCAGCAGGAGGCACUGAAAGAGAACUACUGGAAUCAAGACAGAUCGAAGAGGCCAGAGGGAAUCCACGUGGAGAAGGGCGGAGAUAAAGCCAUUCCUUGCCAGGACGGAGACUUCCGUGAAAUCGUAGUUCAAGAAGAACAGCAAGCAGAGAAGAGGAGGAACAAGUGCCUCAGUGCACAUUGGAGAAUCCACACAGGGGAGAAAACCAACAAAAGUUUGAAGUUUGGGAAGAGCUUCAGCCAGCACAGAAGCGUCGCAGAAUAUCAGGUGCUCCACUCAGGGGUGAAGCCGUAUAAAUGCUUGGAAUGUGGAAAGAGCUUCAGUCAGAGCACACAUCUCACGUCCCAUCAACGAAUCCACACAGGGGAGAGGCCAUACAGCUGUUCGCACUGCAGCAAAAGCUUCAACCAGAGCACCAGCCUUAUCCAACACCAGAGAAUUCACACCGGCGAGAAACCGUACAAAUGCGCCGAGUGUGAAAAGAGCUUUCGCCAUAGCACGAGCCUCACAUCGCAUCAGAGAAUCCAUACCGGGGAGAAACCGUACAAGUGUUCCGACUGUGGGAAGGGGUUUUGUAACCAGUCCGGCCUUAUUAACCACAAGACAAUUCACACAGGGGAGAGGCCGUAUAAAUGCUUGGAGUGCGGGAAAUGUUUCAGUCAGAGUACGCACCUUACGUCACAUCAGAGAAUCCACACGGGAGAGAGACCGUAUAAAUGUUCGGACUGCAGCAAGACCUUUUGCGACCAGUCAGGCCUUGUUAAACAUCAAAGGAUUCACACGGGGCAGAAGCCAUAUAAAUGCUUAGCGUGUGGAAAGAGCUUCAGCCAGAGCACAAAUCUUAUUCGGCAUCAGAGAAUUCACACAGGAGGUGAAGCCCCCAUAUUAACUUCCCCGUACUCUUAAGAGUAGCAGAUGAGGUCCUGCUCCAACCAUCUUUGGUUUUGGAGACCUGAACAGCUGGGUCUCUUCCAUGGUUGCUCCUUUGUGG